GCUUUCCUCAGCCAAACAAAUGGUGCAGAGUGGAGAAUGGAGAGGAAAGCCUCUUACAGUUGUGAAAACUCCAGAUGUUUUCAGUGUUUCUGUGGAGAAGCUGAGAGAAGAGAUGAAGAAGGCUGUGAGUCUCUGUCCUCCUGGACCAAAUGUUGUGCUGCUGUUAGUGAAACCUUCUGAUUUCACUGAGAAGAAAAGAAAAACACUGAAGUUCAUCCUGAGUUUGUUCAGUCAAGAUGCUUUCAAACACUCAAUGGUCAUCAGCACACAUAAGGAGGAUAAAACAGAUGUCUCUUUUAGAAGUCUCAUUAAAGACUGUGGAGAACGACACUACAGUAUGGCUGACAACAACCGUGAUGUAUUAAUGCAAAAGAUUAAGAAAACUGUUCAUGAAAACAAAGGAACCUUUCUCACUGUCAUUGAGGAUUCAGUCGCCCCAAAGUCUGGUCUUAUGAAAACAGCUUUGAGCCUGGUUCUGUGUGGAAGGAGAGGAGCAGGGAAGACUUCAGCAGCUGAGGCCAUUUUAGGUCAGACAGAUCUUCAUUCAGUCUCCAGCUCAUCAGAGUGUGUUAAACAUCAGGGAGAGGUGUGUGGACAGUGGGUUUCCCUGGUGGAGCUUCCUGCCUUGUAUGGAAAACCUCAGGAGGAGGUGAUGAAGGAAUCAUUCAGGUGUAUCUCUCUCUGUGAUCCUGAGGGCGUCCAUGCCUUCAUCCUGGUUCUACCUGUGGGUCCACUCACUGAUGAAGACAAAGGAGAGUUGGAGACCAUGAAGAACACAUUUGGGAGUCGAUUCAACGACAUCACUGUGUUGCUGUUCACUGUUGAGUCAGAUCCCUCAGAUCCAGCUGUUGUUAACCUUCUAAAAGAAACCAAGUCCAUCCAGGAGCUUCUUCAGAGCUGUGGAGGAAGAUCUUUGGUUCUAAACAUCAAGGACAAGCAGCAGAUCCCAGAGCUGUUGGACAUGGUGGAAAAAAUGCACAAAGAUAAAUCCAAAUCAUUCAUCUUUUCAACACAAACAUUUGCACAAGCCCAAAUAGAAAAGAUCACAACUCUACAGGCUGAGCUGAAGAACCUGAAAACAAAAGACCCAAUCAUCUUUGAUGAUGAGAAGCUGAGUCAACAGAGUCUCAGGAUUGUGCUGAUAGGGCAGACUGGCUCUGGGAAGAGCUCUUCAGGAAACACCAUUCUAGGUCGUAAAGAGUUUGAAGCCGAACCAAGCCAAACAUCAGUCACAAAAUGUUGUGAGAAAGCACAAAGUGAUGUGAACGGUCGUCCUGUCACUGUGGUUGACACUCCUGGUCUGUUUGACAAUAGCUUGUCUCAUGAAGAGGUUCAAGAAGAGCUGAUUAAAUGCAUCAGUCUUCUGGCUCCAGGACCACAUGUCUUCCUGUUGGUGUUAAGCAUCGGCCGAUUUACACCAGAGGAGAAGGAGACAUUAAAACUCAUCAAGGAAGGCUUUGGGAAGAAUGCUGAAAAGUUCACCAUCGUUCUUUUAACUAGAGGAGAUUCAUUAAAGCAAGCGAAGAGGUCCAUUGAAGAAUACAUUGAUAAGAGAUGUGAUGAUUCCUUUAAGAAACUGAUCGAUGACUGUGGAGGAAGAUACCACGUGUUUGAUAACCGUGAUGACAAAAACAAAACUCAAGUCAGUGAGCUGAUAACCAAGAUUGAAGAAAUGGUGAGAACUAAUGGAGGCAGCUGCUACACUAAUGAGGUGCUGCAAGAAUCUGAAGCCACUAGAGAAAAAGAAAUGGAAAGACUAUUGAAGGAGAAGGAAGAAGAGAUGAAGAGAGAGAUGGAUGAGCUUCAAAAGAAACACAAGGAAGAAAUGAAAGAAAAGCAACAAGAGACUUGGGAGAAAGAAAGAAGAGAACGAACACAGGAAGAUGAACAGAGACAACAGGAGGAAAAAACAAAACAUAAAAAGCUCCAAGAUGAAUAUGAAAAAGAAAGAGAGAUUAAUGAAAAAAAAAGAAAGGAAGAGGACAAAAACAGAAGAGAACAGGAGGAGAAGGAGAGAAGUGAUAUGGAGGAAAACUACAAGAAACAAAUGAAGGAAAUGAAGGAUAAGUAUGAAGUGAAGGCCAGAAAACAAGCUGAAGAACUCAAUGAUUUCAGACAGAAAUACAUGAAGGACUUCAAUGCACUGAUAGAGAAACACAUGGAGGAAAUGUGUGAGUUGAAGCAAAGGCAUGAAAGACAAAUGCUGGAUUCAGAGGAGAGACGUGACAAAGAGUAAAAUCUUUUACAACAC